AUGUCAACCGAGGACCCCACUCUCGUACAUAUUGGAAUUGAUUUUGGUACUUCCAAUAGUGUUGCUUAUGUUUGUAAAAAGAAUCGAUAUGAAUAUGUGCCAUUCCAACAGGGGGCUCAAAUGCCAUCUCUUGUGAUACUAGAGGGUACUAAAUUUGUUGUAGGUGUGCCUCCGCCAAAAUUUGAUAGUGUUGUAUUCAAAUCUGUGAAGAAACUAUUGGGUCAGAAAUAUAAUGAUGUGGAUCUAAAUGAUGAUAUGAGUACAUAUGGAUGCAAGAUUGUAAAAGGCCCAGAUGAUAUGUGUUGGUAUAAAACGGAAGAAAGACUUUAUUCUUGUGACGAAAUUGCUGUGGCAAUAUUUAAAAAAAUAAAAGAGGAAGUUGAUAAGUUUACUGAUGGCAAAGUGGGGCGUACUGUAGUUUCUGUUCCUGCACGCUAUUCUGCCAAACAAAGAUACCACAUUCAGAAAGCUGCGGAAGCUGCUGGUUUUGAUGUGACCAACUUGAUAAACGAACCCACUGCUGCUUCUGUGUGUGUAUCUAUAGAGAGAGGUAUCAAUGGGAAUAUUCUUGUAUUUGAUCUUGGUGCAGGUACUACAGAUGUAACAAUAUUGAAUUUGCAGGAUACGAUCUAUAAGGUAGAAUCGAGUUGUGGAGACGAUCAUUUGGGUGGAGAUGAUUUUGAUAAUUUAUUACUACAUCACAUUGAAGAUCGAUAUAAAGAAAAGUAUAAUAGAGAGAUAUGGGAUGGAAUGAAAGAAGUCAAAAAGAAUCGAGUGAUGAACAGACUAAUGAAAAUGAUCAUUCAUCUGAAACAUCAACUUUCUUCACAUAGUUCAGAAGAUAUUGAUAUGUAUGACAUUGUUAGUGGUGAUGAUGAAGAUGAAGAUUAUAGGAUAAAUGUUUCUCGGGCGACAUUUGAGAGAUUGAUUAGGCCAUUAACAGAAAGAUUUUCGACACUCAUUCAAACGGCUCUAAAGAAUAGUGAAAGUCAACUUGAAAAGGCAGAUAUCAACUAUGUUAUUCUUGUUGGAGGAGGAUGCUUUAUGCCUUGUGUAGCACGGCAGAUACGUGAUGAAUUCCCCAGAGCUGAGAUUAUUGAUAUGGGAAAGAAGAUGGAACUUGUAGCUGAAGGUUGUUGUACCUGUGCGAAGAAGAAAUUGAAACCGAAUUUCAAUGUUAUUGAUAUUUUAUCACACACCAUCGGUUUGUUAAUGGGAGAUGGUUCUGUAUUUCCACUGUUCAAAGUGGGUACUCGUCUGCCCACUGAUACUUUAGAAGUGAUUUUGUAUGCAGAUCAACCUGGAAUCAAAUUCUUCCAAACGGAAAUAGUGGAAUUAUUGGAUGAAAAGCAAGAUAAUGAAGCGCCUGUUUAUAAAGUUCUAGCGGAUGUAAUUUCCUCUGAAUUUAUACCGGAUCAUUUGAAACUGAAGGAAUUUAGUAUGCGAUUCCGACUGGAUAUCAGUGGUAUAUUCUAUAUGGAAGCUUAUGCUUUACCAGAGAAUGUGAAGUGUGUAACAAAAUCAGUAGAGGGAAUUCCUGUUUAA